CUGGUCCGGACUUCUCCGGGAGAAAAUAAACUGAUGUCAGACAGAACAACUGUAUACUGCGAGCACAUUAGCAUUUUAAGGACUCCGCUCCACAGCAGUCCCGUGUGCCUGAAUGCUGUGGGCUCACAUUUUAACAUCCAACCGCCGUUUUCGUUUGUUUGCUUGUUUGUUUGAUUUUUACUCCACGCUGGAUCUGACUGCCACUUUUUAUCCUCAGAACGCGUGUGACCAACAAAUCAACUCUUGAAUCGGACAUCUAACGUGUCCAUCUUUUUUCUUUUUUCUCUUGUCUUUUUUUCUUUUCUUUUCUGUUGUUUUUAAUGCUACAAUGUCGUCUUUGCCAGGAACGGUACCACGAAUGAUGCGCCCGGCUCCCGGACAGAACUAUCCCCGCACUGGAUUCCCUCUGGAAGGUAGGAGCUUGACACCGCUCUGUACAGAAUCUGGCCUUGUGUCAUCCACAGUAUCUACUCCUCUGGGCCAGGGACGGGUCAACCAGCUAGGGGGGGUCUUCAUUAACGGCCGACCGUUGCCCAACCAUAUCCGACACAAGAUAGUCGAGAUGGCCCACCACGGGAUCCGGCCCUGCGUCAUUUCGCGCCAACUUCGUGUCUCCCACGGCUGCGUGUCCAAGAUCCUCUGUCGCUACCAAGAGACCGGGUCCAUCCGACCCGGCGCCAUAGGUGGCAGCAAACCCCGGCAGGUAGCCACGCCGGAUGUAGAGAGAAGGAUUGAAGAGUACAAGCGGGACAACCCUGGCAUGUUCAGCUGGGAGAUCCGGGAUAAGCUACUGAAGGACGGGGUGUGUGACAGAAGCACAGUCCCUUCAGGUGAGGCCUCCUCUGUGAGUUCGAUCAGCCGUGUACUUCGCGCUCGUUUUGGGAAAAAGGAAGAUGAGGAUGAGUGCGAUAAAAAGGAAGAGGACGGAGAAAAGAAAACGAAACACAGCAUCGACGGCAUCCUCGGGGACAAAGGCAGCCGGAUGGAUGAAUCGUCAGAUGUGGAAUCAGAGCCUGACCUUCCACUGAAGAGGAAACAGCGUAGGAGUCGGACUACUUUCACAGCGGAGCAGCUGGAGGAGCUGGAGAAGGCUUUUGAAAGAACACAUUAUCCUGAUAUUUACACUAGGGAGGAGCUGGCCCAGAGAACAAAACUUACUGAGGCCAGGGUCCAGGUGUGGUUUAGCAAUCGAAGGGCCAGGUGGCGAAAACAAGCAGGAGCCAAUCAACUUGCAGCAUUCAAUCACCUUCUGCCAGGUGGAUUUCCUCCUGCAGGGAUGCCAACACUUCCUACAUAUCAGCUGCCAGAAUCCAACUACCCGACCAACACUCAAGAUGGUGGGGCUACUGUUCACCGUCCCCAACCCUUACCUCCUUCCACCAUGCACCAGAGUGGUUUAUCAAGUUCUGACGGCAGCACUGCCUAUGGUCUGGCAACCAACCGGCACAGCUUCUCCAGCUACACUGAUACCUUCAUGAACUCUAGUACUCCUAGUAACCAUGUCAACCCUGUCAGCAAUGGGCUAUCUCCACAGGUUAUGAGCAUCCUGAGUAACUCCAGUGGUGUGUCCUCACAAACACAGCACGAUUUCCCAAUCUCACCUCUCCACAGCACUCUGGACUCUACUUCAUCCAACAGUAUUUCAGCCAGCUGCAGCCAGCGUUCAGCUGAGGCCUCCAUUAAGACGGUGGACAGCCUUCCCUCUUCCCAGUCUUACUGUCCCCCCACAUACAGCACCACCAGCUACAGCAUGGACCCAUCUGUGGCUGCUGCCGGCUAUCAGUACAGUCAGUACGGCCAGACUGCUGUGGAUUACCUGGCUAAGAACGUCAAUCUCUCCAAUCAGCGCAGAAUGAAGCUGGCUGACCACUCAGCUGUACUGGGACUGCUGCAAGUUGAGACAGGCCAAGCAUACUAGUACUUUCCCAACAUAUUUAAACAGCAGUACACCGGGUCACCAGCACAACCCACACUGCCUGCUACAACUCGCAUAUUCCAGAGAGCAUUUGUGAGUGUGUGCCACAAACUGAGUACAAAUGUGACUGCUAUUUAGGUUUUUUUAAACAUUAUUUUAUAUUGGUGGGUGAAAGACUGAAUGAUGCAGUUUUGCAAGCUUUAAGUAUUCUUCAUGGAAACAACCAAACUAACAAUGAGGAAGUGUUAGGAACAUACUUUUUGCACCAAAUUUCAGGUGUGUCAAACUUUUUAGAUAACUAGAAAUUUGUUAUAAGCAAUUAAAUGUGAAUUAAAAGAUAAUCUGAAUGUAAUCUUUGAAAUAAAAUAACUUUUGUAUAACCAGAAUCACAGUGAGGAAAUAAUAUCCAGUUAUUCUAAUGUUACUUCUGGUUCUUUGCAAAAUGUUCCAAGUGAAACAGAAUCACUCUGCUCUUACUGCAGUAGUUCA